UUCCACCCGGCGGCGCGUGAUGACGUGCCGUUUUCGGGCGGGUGUUUGUAGGUGUUGUGACGCCGUGCGGCCAAUAAAACAAACAGAGAAAAACACACAAACUGGUUUAUUAAUUUGGCCAUAAAGGUCAGACCCAACUGAAGCAGCCAAGCAGCCAAGGAGACAGCAUGUCCUCAGCGGGGAGAUGAACUGGGAUCAACUUGAGCUCAACCCGAGGAUCACAGCAGCCGUGAGGAGAGCCAAACUGAAGUCUGUCAGGGAGGUUUUAUGUGUUUCUGGUCCGGACCUGCAGAGACUAACUGGUUUGUCCUGCUCUGACGUCCAGCAGCUGCUCACCGCCGCCGCCACCACCUGCAGACGACACCCUCCAAUCCCAGCCAUCCUCCUCCAUCGUGGAGAGUGUCGCAGGUUGGAGUCCGGCCUCAGACUCAGUGUGGGCUGCCCUCUACUGGACGAGCUGCUGAGGGGUGGUCUUCCUGUGGGGGGUGUCACUGAGCUCUCUGGUGAGAGUGGAGCGGGAAAGACUCAGCUGGCUCUGCAGCUCUGUCUGUCUGUACAGUACCCCACACAGUACAGAGGACUGAACUCAGGAGCAGUUUAUAUUUGCACUGAGGACUCAUUUCCGAUCAGACGUCUGCAGCAACUGAUCAGACAACAGUCCUGUCUGCGCUCUGAUGUCCCUCCUUCACUGAUCAGCAGCCUCCCAUUCAGUGACCAUGUUUACAUCGAACACGCUGCUGAUCUGGACUCUCUCCAGGUGUGUCUGUCCCGGCGUAUUCCCCUCCUGCUGGCCCGUGGUCUGGUCCGCCUCCUGGUUGUGGACUCAGUGGCGGCUCUGUUCAGGUCUGAGUUCCAGUCUGAAGAUUGGCUGGAAAGGAACAAACAGCUGCUCACCUUCUCCUCCGCGCUGCACCACCUGAGCCAGGAGUUCACCACACCUGUCCUCUGUAUCAACCAGGUCACAGAUGUUUUCAACAGAUCGGAUGACAGUUUGGGUCCUCUGUCCUCAAACAUGUCACCUGCUCUGGGGUUGGCCUGGGCCAAUCAGGUGAUGGUCCGGCUGAUCAUGCAGCGUCUCCAGAAGACGGUUGCCCGUGGCAACCAGAGCAGCACCCUCCGCAGGCUAGAGGUGGCGUUCGCUCCUCACCUGGCCCGAGACGGACGAGACGCCGCUGUCUGGAAGGAGGGGGUCCGAGCAGUCACCAGCUCUGACAAAUAAACUAUAUUUUAGAAAUAUAUACAACACUCCCAAUGAAAUAUAUGUAAAUAUAUAUAAAACAUAAAUGUCAAUAAAAUGAUAUAAAGACAUUAAAGUAUAAAUAAAUCACAUAAUGUCAUCGUUUGUAUUUUAAUCUACACUUUACUGCCAAAAGUGUAUGGACAGUGUACUGUGCUGUCUCAAUAGCUAAACUCUCAAACAUAAAAUGGCAGUUUUCCCAAUGGAAGUUCUGCAUUUGGCUUUUUCACAACAAAUCACACUAUUUACCAGCUGAACCAUAUGCAUUAAUUUAUUGUAUAUGGCCACAAGUAUGUUGACAUUUGGUCAAGAUGUAUGGAGAUUCUAUUGCGCUGCCUCACUGCGCAGUUAAACGAGGGUUAAAACAUCAGAUCUUUCAGUGGAAGUUCUGAAUUCAGUUUUUGGAUUUUUUUGGUUUUUUAAAAGUACAUGAAGUGAACUGAGAACAGACUGAUGAUACACACGCAUUUUAUUGAUACACUUCAAAAUUACACUAACACUCUCCAUUCUUAUAAUUAACUGUAAUAUAUUUAGGGAGUUUUAAUGGAUUGUCUGGAUGCGGAUCAAAAUCCAGCAUUUCAGCCGUCCAGGAAUUUUUAUCUUAACUGUGACAUUAAGGACCUUUACAUGUUUAAAUUAUGGGAUGGUCUUUAUGUUAUUGUGUCAAUUUCAAAAGGUUUUAUAAGACCAAACACGAGAUCCUUUCAUUUGUCUUUUAAUAUGUCAAGCUAAAAACAAACCCUUAAAUCUGAAAAGUGCUUAUGAACCAGUGAAGUAGAUUUGGAGAUUUCAUGACAUUAACUGUAAAUAUUUUGUGAAUACAUUAACGAUCAAUUUAAGGUGAUAUUACGGUUUAUAAAGAAUAUUCAGGAGCUCAAAACUAAACCUUUUUAAAAAAACAUGUCUAGAGCUGUUAAUUGUCAGAUUAAGUAGAUUUUAUAAUAAUGUCUGUUGUCAUGGAUUGAUUUUUUUGUUGUUUUUGUGAUAAAAUUCUUAAAAUUCAAACCCAGCUGAUCUGUUAUUUUAAUGUGCUGUUUAUAUUUACUGUCUGAGGUCACAGUGAAGCCCAUAGACCUUUGUUCUACUGUACUCUACUGUUCUCUAAUCUAAUCCCUCCUGUCAGUGUUUGUCUUCACAUAACAUCAUGACUUCGGGUUUCUGUCAGUGCGCCUGCGCCGUUUAACUGCAGUAAAGCAGAGUCGAGUACAACAGAAAGGAACCGGACGUUGCUUUGUUUCUUUCAGAAUAAAAGCGUGAAAGAAAAGCUCAGUGCAGAGCUCAGACCAAUUCAACUAACUGUAAAACAAACGCUGAAAGUCCCCUUCAUACUGUUUUGUAUUUACAAUUGUAAUAA